ACGGUAUGAAGACUUCACUGCCGCAUUAGGCUUGCAAACCUUACACCGUUUGUUCACAGAACUUCGAAUAUCGACAAGAACCCGGUGUGCCGCCGUACCCUGGUAUGGCACCUUAAAGUCAUUGUGCACGCCUGCUUCCUUUCGUGUCGCGAAAUAGGGUGUCCAAACGGAGCGUUUCUCUCGAGAGGUUGUCGUUUCCCACGAAAUGGAGCCUGAGAACCAACCGACGGCUCGCAGAGCUAUGAACGUCUCUUGGGCGGGUCAAGCCGAUAGGGAGGUAGCAGCUAGUCUACCAGGUGAUCCGACGUCUUGGAAAAACCACCGUCCGUCCUUUUCGUCCAGUGAGCCAUAUUCCACCUCGGCCCCCGUGGAAGAACUGUACUUCUCCAUGGACCAAGAGGGCACCCCGCUGCUAUCAAGUCAUGAGCGGAGCCAGCCUCGCAUACUUCCUCGAAGUGCUCAUGGAGCGAGGAGAACACAAGGGCCUCGCGCAUUGACGCUUCCCGACCUCGCUUUAAAAGGCACGUCCUCACGAACUUCGCAUGGGACGUUCUCACCGGUACCAGCAGGCUCGUGGCGUAAGUCACUGAUAUUCAGCAAACGGAAAAGCGAGACCUAUGAUGAAGAUGACGAGACGGCGGCAACGGGGACGGGCAUGAGGGUGUGGUAUCAGGACUUCACCACUAUCGACUGGAUUCAUGAUACAAUAAAGGAACGAGUGCGACUUCGCACUAUGCGUCGCACACCGGGAAUGAGGGGGUGGCUAACCGAGAAGCUUGACGGGUCUAUUGCAUGGAUACUCUUGGCAUUGAUUGGAGUAACCUGCGGAUGUAUAGCGUCACUCAUCGAAGUGAGCUACACCCAUAUAUCGGAUUGGCGGACAGGGUUUUGUGGCAGAAGCAUAUGGCUUCGCCGGGAACAUUGCUGCAGCUCAGAGGAAUGCCCAGAAUGGUCAUACUGGUCCGAUCCCGUUGCGUCACACAUGCCAUCGCGAGCGGAGCAGUACACGCAGUACGCAAUUUACGUCAUCUCUGGGGUAGUACUAGCGCUAUUGUCAGCGGUGGUGACCAAGCAGUCUAGAGCUUCCACGGCGUCUAGCGCCCAAGCGAAUCGUACAGUGACGGAGCCGAGCUGGGUAACGAAUGCGCGCGAACAAAGAGGACUACGGCGGAGCAAGAGCCGGGAAGAGGGUUUAAAGGCGGGCAAGAAGCCCAAGUUCCAUGCGGCAGGCAGUGGGAUACCGGAGGUCAAAACCAUUUUGGGUGGCUUCGUUAUUACCGGUUUUCUUGGCGCCCGGACAUUGGUUGUCAAAGUGGUUGGACUGAUUCUAUCCACUGCUUCUGGACUGGUGGUUGGUUCGCAAGGACCGCUCGUACACAUUAGCUGCUGCGUCGGGAAUGUAUUGUCCCGGUUGUUCAAUAAGUAUGCCAAGAACGAAGGCAAGCGACGAGAGAUCCUGUCUGCAUCAUCCGCUGCAGGUGUUGCCGUCGCCUUCGGAGCUCCUCUUGGUGGAGUACUGUUCGCACUAGAAGAAGUAUCUUACUACUUCCCUAUGAAAACUAUGUGGAGGAGCUUCUUCUGUGCGUUAGUUGCCGCCGUCACUGUCCGUAUCAUCAAUCCCAUUGGUGGCGGCCGGGUCGUUCGUUUCCAAGUUCAUUGGGAAAACCUGGAAUCGCGAGGUGUAUGGUCUUUCUGGGAACUAGUUCCUUUCGCGGCUGUGGGGAUACUUGGGGGGCUGUAUGGAGCAGCGUUCAUCAAGUUGACGAGCUUCUGGUCACGAGUCCGAAGUCGAACCUGCCUGGGUAGCUGGCCUCUUGCCGAAGUGUUUCUUAUCGCAUUGAUCACUUCCACAGUUGCGUAUCCAUGGGAGCUUACCAGCCUGGGAAACAAUGAUCUGCUCGGUCAGCUUUUCUCCCAAUGUACAGAAUCCUCAAAGGACAUCAUUUGUCAUCCAUUACCGCUUGCGUCCCACCUGGGAAUGCUGGCGCUUGCUCUGCUCAUCAAGUUCGUUCUCACAAUCCUUGCCUUUGGCAUUAAAGUGCCAGCGGGCAUUUUUGUCCCUUCCAUGUGCGCCGGUGCGCUGGUCGGACGGAUGGUGGGCACUGUUGUGCAGUGGACGGUUGCAACGUACCCGGAACACUACGACGGAGCCUUGCCAACUGCGGUCGUUCCUGGUUUAUACGCCGUUGUCGGAGCGGCGGCAGCUGUCGGAGGAGUGACGCGGAUGACGAUCUCUUUAGCAGUCAUUAUCCUCGAACUCACAGGCUCUGUGUCCUCCUUACUCCCGUCUAUGCUCGCCAUCAUGUUGGCCAAGUGGGUAGGGGAUGCUCUAUCUCCCCAAGCGCUUUUCGAAAAAUCUAUCAUCGCCGGAGGUUACCCGUACCUCGACUCCAAGAGGCCGAUUCGCUCAGAUCCGGGAAGGAUGCUCACAGCCAUGGAUGUCAUGGAGCGUGGGGUCAAGAGCCGCAAAGUGAUUCGCUCAGAUGUGCAAUAUACCAUCGAAGAACUGCUGGGCUUGGUUGGGAGUGUCAGCAUGACCAACCUGGGCCCUAUCCUCCCGACCUCUUCGACACCGCACGGAGCGCCGCCUGCCGUGCACCCCAAUGGUGUAUACGAGGACACUGGCUUUCCCAUUGUCGACCAUUCAGACGUUCUUGUAGGCUAUAUCGCCGCUCCGGAAUUGAUGCAUGCUUUGGGCCUUGUCACCGAAUCCUUGGAAACCGAACACGGCACGAGACGGCCAAGCCCCCCUAUCAUCUUCCAUCGACCAGGACGUGUCCCCAGCGUCAGUGAAGUAUCCAGUGAUCGCCGUAUUGACGUCGAAAGCUUCUUGCUUACCUCCGUCAGAGGCCGCAGCCCCGCAGGUGGAUCCCGGAUACCGCGCGCCGGGUGGCAUUCACCAGCACGAGGGUCGGAAAGAAGUAUCGAACGCAUGCCUAUCGUCGCUUCUCCGGCAGCUACCGAACUUGGACCCGCGGGCAUAUCACGGUCGAACACUCCUGAUCUGUUUCGCGGACGGUCCGAGCAGCUCGCUGUGCAAGGUGGCGGGCGAACAUCCAGUCCCAGCCCGUUGAGGUCCGGUUUGACUGGCUCGGUUCCGGGCACCACAGCGAUGCCGAUGGCGACGCCUGCUUCAUCGAUGUCAUUGCCUCUGCUCUUCCAGCCGCCCUCCCCCGGAAUGCCAUCCACUUCAUUCCCACAAGUUACUCCUCACUCAUUCUCAAUCUCCGAGCCAAGCGAAAGCCGCGACGCAUCCGACAACGUCCAGGACUUGACACGAUGGAUGGACCCGUCGCCCUUAUCUGUCCCACACACCGCAUCCCUCGAUCUCGUGUAUGAACUCUUUGUGAAGCUUGGAGUUAAGACGCUUUGCGUUGUGUGCGAUGGGAAGCUUGUUGGCCUCAUUCACAAGAAGGGCAUUGUUGCCUACAUCCGGGGUGAAAAUUCGGCGUAUACUCCGCCCUCUAUGUAAAUAUCUCGUCUAUGUUGCGGCGUAAGUCUGUAGGUGACACUGGUGCGUAGGGCACGUGUCAGAGUAGGGAUGCUAAUGAUGGGUAUGUGAAUUUUGGAAUACAUAUACAAGUUUGA